AUGCCUGCUUUUCAGACUCAAGAAGAAGAAAUCGCCCAGGAGUUUUUGCAGCACAUUGAAAAAGGUUUUGAAGCAUCACCGCUGAGCAAGGUCUCUCUUGAGGCUCUGAGGACUUUGGCAUUUUCAGAGAAUCCUGGCUUACAAAUGUCUGCUGCUGCCUAUUAUUUACAGAUGAGUCAAUACAUGAAUAUCCAACUGCCUCCAGAUCAUUUGGAAACUUACUAUGCAUUGCUGAAAUCUAAUGACUUGGAAGUUCAGCAGAUUUCAUCUUUGUCCCUUCUCAAUUUCUUACUGGAAGGAAAUGUCAGCAAACAACAUGUCAUGCAAAUGGAUUUACUUGACCCAAUUCUGGAACUGCUUGACUCAGACGACACCACCGUCCAGUGUAAUUCUUGUGCCUGCAUCAUGACACUCGCUGUCUCAGAUGUCAGCCGGGAAGCCAUUGCUACAGCAGGAGGAGUUAUACCAUUACUUGCCCUUUCUAAAUCUUACAAUCCAAGAGUCCAGCAAAAUGCAGUUGGAGCUAUUUUCAACCUCACACAAUCAGAGUGGAUCCAGCAACUUUUGUUUCAACAAGGUGCUCUCCCAAUUCUCAUCUGUUUGCUAGAGUCUCCUGACUCACAAGUACAGUACUAUAGCUGUGCUGCUCUAAGCAACAUGGCCAUGAACUCUUGGCACCAUGAAGCCAUGCUGCACAUCGGCAAUAGGUUCCUUCUACGGACACUCCUUCCUCUCCUAUCUUCACCUGUGGACAAGGUGUCAAACCAGGCUUGUGUUUGCCUCAGAAAUUUAGCUACAAAUGAGAGUGUUCAGACCAGCAUUGUUGCCCUGCCCAUCCUGCCUCUUCUAUUCCCUCUCCUGGCUUCUGACAAUGCAGAGCUCCAACAAAACACCAUCAUUCUCCUCCGGCUGUUAUCCCAGCAUCCAGCCAAUCAGGAUAAGCUCAUGUGUGAUGAAGUGUUACAGAUUUUAGGGAAACUGCUGCUUGCCUGGAAAACACACCCCGUGGUCAUUGGUCACGCUGCCUGCUUCCUCCAAAAUCUGAGCUGUUCUGAAAGCAUGCCAAAAAUCGUCAAAAGUCCAUGCAUUGAAGGGCUCCUUCAAACUGUCCUCAGUGCAGACUUUCUAGAAGAAGAAUCUCUUUCCUGUGUGAUAUCUUGUCUUGCUGAACUGCUGAAACAUGAAAGAGCGAUAGCGUGUAUACUGGAAUUGAUUGAUGAACCAUUGAUAGAUAUCUUACUAAGAUUGGCUGGCCAAGUGGAACAAACAGAGACUUCCUUCCAAACUGCCUUUAUCAUCAAAUGCAUAAUCCAACAUGGAAAUAUGGUAUUUUUGUUCAAACAACAUAUGAACAAAGUUCAGGAGUACCUCAUGAAGUAUCUUAGCCACCAGGAGAAUCGCUUUCAGCAGCUGGGCAUAUCCACGCUCUGCCUCUUACAGAAAGAUUCAGAGUUUUUAUCAGCAUUCAGUCAGAACCAAAUGAAAAAAUACCUGGACCAAGUCCAUCAACAAACUGAAGAAACUCAAGAGCUUCUUAGUGUCGCUAUGAAACACAUGGACACAUAAAGCAUCGUUCCAGCUUAUAUUAAAGUUUUGUGGUCCAUGGCAUGGAUUUCUGUCUCCACCUAUGAAUAGGCAACUGUUUCAAGAUGUGAGUAUCUCAGAUACAUAAACAUGGUUGUGGCCAUAUCCACAACCAGUACAUGGAUGAUAAGAUUCUUAUUUCUGUGCAUUGGGGAAAGCUUAGGUCCCAUUCACCAAGGAAAAUUUCAUUAUUCAACACUUACUGGCCUAAACCAUAUUGAUUAGUGUAGGUAUUAAAUGGCACUAGAGUAGACCCACUGAAUCACAGGGAAUUUACUGUAGUGAGUUAUUUCCUCUGAUUCAAAUGGACCUGCUCUAACUGUGACUUACUUUAGCAUAAGUCAUCACAAUUAGAAUAGGCCUAUUUGAAUCAAUGGCAAUUAUGGAGGACAUGACCCACUAAAAUCCCCCUGGAUGUAGUGGGCCAACGCUAGUGUGAUUUACUAUGCUAAGCAACCGGAUUUGGGCCAUUGGUUCACAACAGCAUGCAUGACCCGGAUGCGACUAAAAAGCACUGCAUUUGAGGUGAUAUAAAAGAUCUGCCAAAACUAUUCGAUCUAUAGUAAUUGACUGAGAUAUGCAACUUAUUUUAAGCCACAGCCAUAAGGACAGUUUCACUGCUCAUAUGGAGACUGCAACUUUGCAUUAUCCUUGCCGAGGCAUUGAUGAAUUGCAGGACCUACAGUGGGAAAUAAAGGAAUGCUGCUGUAGGAUCAGUUCCAGCAGCAGCAUAGGGUACCAUCUAUUUAGUCCCUUUUUGCUAAUAGCAGGAGCAGUUCCACUGAUGGAAGGAUUAGUGAAAUUGGCCAGAUUACUUCCCCAGGCUCCUAUCACCCCAAAACACGCUUUGGAAUGUUUGAUCACCUUCUGGAGCAGAUUUGCAGAAGGUGGAAGCUCUCGGGGUAAGCUAAAGAGGGGAAUUCCUGUGUGAAUAGCUCCGUUUCAGCUACGUAUGUAGGUCAUUUCAAAUGCAUUUGGGUCUUUUAACAGCAGUCACUAGCCCCAAAAUUUGCAGUUCAUGGCAGUUUUUGAAUUUAAAAAAUGAUGGAACCCUAACAUUUUCAGAUGUCUGGUAAUAAUUAGUACAUGGCAUUCUAUGUGAAUUUUUUCAAGUUUUCUUUAAAUGGACUUUUGCUGGUCCAUAUUUGUCUAGUUCUGAUUUGUUGAUUCUGAUUAAAUGGACCUUUCCUGGUCCAUAUUCAUAUAAUUCUGUCAUUUCUGAGAUUUCCAUUUCAACAAAAGGACAUUGUGCCUUGAGACCUACAUGUUUUAGAAAGAUGACUUGAUACAUGUUACCUAGGGUCAAUGUGUGACCCCUGAUGUCUCACAAAAUACUGGCUAAGAACUAUCUGGACAAACUUUGUAUCAGUGACUGACAAUCAAAAUUCUGGGUUGCCUUAUGGUCACAAGUGAACCGUUCUCCUUGUAUUCAUUUUUGUAUCAAUAUACCUGGAGCGACCUGUCCCACCCAUUUACUUGUGUUCCCAGUAUUUCUUUUACUGCCUGGCUGUUUUUCUUCACAGAACACUCAUAUUAAAAUUCUUGAGUU